UAAAGCAGCUUUGAGUUGACGCCAAGACUAGAAAACCACUAUAUAAAUACAGACCAUUUACCAUAAUUGAUUAUUUUUGGUCAAACUGUAUAUACUCCUCACCCCCUGUCCCCAAACAACACCUCCCUCUCUUUCUCUUUCGCUCUCUUUGUGUCUUUGUCGCUCACUCUGUGGCAGCUCAGGAUGGAGGUGGCAGUUCUCUCUGUCUGUAUCCUGAUGAACAUGUUGGAUUUUGGUCAAACACAAGCCUCACUCACCGUCACACCUGAAAGGUCACAGUUCUUUAAAUAUGACAGUUUCUCUGUGAGCUGCUACAGCAAGGAGGAGAAGAGGGAGGAGGAGGAGGAGGAGUGGACAGUGAUGAGGAGGAUGUUGGACGGAGAGGUGGGUCCAUGUCCAUCCCCUUGCUCUGUCACUGCAGCCUUUCCAUCAACAGACAGUGGACUGUACUGGUGUCAAACUGGAACAGGAAGAAACAGCACCAGCGUCAACAUCACUGUCACCGCUAGUCUUGUGAUCCUGGACAUCCCACUGCAUCCUGUUGCCGUGGGAGAUGACGUGACAUUGCACUGCAGGUGUAAAUGCUCCACAAAGGGCACAGAUUUCUCUAAAGAUGGCAUCCACAUCGCGAGCAGUCUCACAGAGAACUUGACCCUCCACGGUGUUUCCGAAUCUGAUGCUGGACUCUACAGCUGCACGGUGCCUGGAGUGGGAACCUCAGCAGGAACCUGGCUGAGCGUCACAGCGCCACCUGCAGUUCAGAACCUCCUGCUGUCAGCCUCCAGCCCUCUGCGUCAUCUGAUAGUGGGAAGUCCUUUCCUGCUGUCCACCAUCUUACUGGGUCUUGUAUACAGAGACAGGAAGAGAGUGCUGCGGGCUAAUGAGGCAGGACAACGGUCGGAUGAUGUCAUCAUGCAGAUUGACAUAUAAACAGCGAGUGACAUUGUGUUGUAUACUAUAAGUAUUUUUUUUAUUAUUAUUUGUAAAACUCUGUUUUUUGUUUUUUUCCCACUCCAUUUUAAUCAUGCGACCAAAAUAAUUGAACAAAAGUAGACAUGACCUUGACAUUCGCUAACGCGUUAAAUAAAGUGUUGCUAGAGAAACCACCACUUCCUUUGUUGUUGAGUUUUUUCUUGUUUUCCACUGCUGUUAUAACCAAUGCUGAGGGUUUACAGAAAGGGUGGAGGUCAUGAAACAGAAACUGCUAUAUGUGGUUGGUCAUUUUCUUAAAUUAAACCACAUUGUGUGUUUGUGUGUGU